AUGGCUAGCCUCCAGGACAUCAUGAACGUGGACGAGGACCAACUCGAAUCCCACACUAUUAAGAACAAACAAGUCCCAGCUCUAUCAGGCAGCCAUCAUCAAUCCUACUUGGCACCAAACGCAGCGUACAACUCAAGUUAUGCGAUAGGCAGAGAACCAGCAGAUAACUCAAGCACACAACAAGGCACGAAGCGUAGCUCACCCUCGCACACCACCAAGUCGACUCCUCCCGGCUCGUCAUCUUCGUCAAGCCGGCCACCAAACGCUCGUCGUCGAAGCAACGUUAGUACCGAUUCCAUGGAGCAGUCAAACUACGGGUACGGCCACGCAGGGUCGCCUUCUGGCCAGUCCAUGCGACAUUUUGGCCAGGCACCGGCCGGGGGAGACGUUCCUAUCAAGUUGACUCCCAUCACCGGUCGGGUUAGUCGCGCAAAGAAGGGCAUGAAGGUCCACACUUGCGACAUUUGCCGUCCUCCCAAGCUUAGCCACGAGACUCCUCAGUAUGCAUGUCCCGUUCCCGGUUGUGACAGGGCUUUCCACCGCAAGGAUUUGCUGGAGCGCCAUCAGCAACGACAGUACGUUUGGUCCUCCAAGAACGAAUGCGAACGAGUGUAA